AUGGAUCAGAUGUCUCCGACAGAUCGACCUGCAGAGGCCAUACCGCAGGCUUCUGCGCCGCCCAAAGAUAGAGGCAAGUCCAAUGCCCCGAUCAGCACCCUUACUCCGUCUGCGCCCCCCGAUGUCGACGAUAACCCGAGAAGCCCGAAACGGCGUCGCAUCUCUACUGACGGCGUCGCGCCGGACGUAAAGCCAGAAACAAAGGCACUGGACUCAGGAAAUCCAACUGUACAUGCCAAUCGGCCUGCAAGCCCCCACGGCCAAGCACCAAACGAGGAAAGGAAGGCCCCGCAAGAGGAACAAGCAGGAAAUGCUACAAACGUCUCUAAAGGCGUCCAAGCACAGAAUAUCAUACAGCCGGCUUCAGGAGAUCAGCCUCAGAGUGCCCCGAGGCCUCCAGCCGGCCAAGCACACAAUGUCGCGUCGCAGCCUCCCCAGCGACCGACGCCGCCCAGGAACAGCCCUCUCGAAUACCUACCCAUACUGGAUCAGCAGGCGUCCCAGAUCCUAGCAUUUCUGUCUCGGUUGAGUCCGGCUGAUGCCAUGGGCUUGUCCACCAGACCAAAUGCCGCAAGCAGCAGAGAGUAUGCUUCCCUUCGCGCUGCAUUCGACCGAACUAGAAGACUCAUUAGCCCUGGAUGGCCGUUUCUACCACAGCAUGAUCUGGGCUUGCAGGAUACCAAUCAGAUCGAAAUUAUCCGCAAGGCAAAUCAGGCUAUCUUCAUGUCAAGCAUUUUCACGGGUGAGAUUGGUCUUCGGGACAUGGACCGGAGUUUUCUUCCUGUCUUCGUGCCUGAAAAUGGGGGUUUGCUGAAAGAACAGGGUACUAUGUUCCUCGAAUUGAAGACACAGGGUUUCAUUACUGCUUGGAGGACAGGUGCUGCUCCACCUGAUCUCGUCAUGCGCGACAUGUUCGGUCCCGAUCUUGACAAGGUGCUCCUGGCGAGAAGACCUGGCAGCACAACAUUGACUGACACUGAACGGGAGUUUCUGCGAACGCUGAACUCCCGUCGUGGUAUUCUUGAAAGUGCAGUCAAAACCAAGACCCUAGAUCAAUUACCAGUGACGUAUAAAUGGGAAGACUUCAGCCGGGAAGUUUCUUCCUACCUAAUCAACCACAUUAUGAAGACUGGAAGCAAUGGUACGGGCUUAGCAAAUGUGGAAAGAAAUGGAUCUACCAACAACCUUGAUCCAGGGCAAACGCAGGGUCAUAUUCCGGACCAUGGCCUCCCUGCACCGGGGUCCUCGAUGGGCUUCAAUCUCAACGAGCCAUUUGUCAAGGAGGACUUUGUGGCGCUUGCAGCGAGAGCUGCAGAGAUCGCAUUGCAAAGUACCUUGGGCCUGUCACCGUCAGAUAAGAUUCCAGACAUGCCCUCAUCGAACACUCCGACAGCAGCUGCGCCACCGUUUAUAUCUCGCGACAUAUCAACUCCGCAACCAGCUGCACUUGAGUCAAGGAUAUCACAAACAAACAAGAUGAUCAAUCCGUCCGAAGUGCCAACACCUGAACAGAAGCUUCCCGAGCGACAAGCACCCGAUCAGGGGAGUGCAACCGGAGAUAUUUCGCAUGCUUCGCAGACUGCACAGGUGAAGCAGGAAGUCGAAAUGGCCACAGGGGCUGAGGAGCGUCCAGUUGGAAUAGAUACUGUUGAAUCCGAGGUCAGGCAAGAAGCUCCUGUUCUCGCAGAAGAUGGUUCUGCUGUCCCUUCAAGUGAACCGGCGCAGACUCUCGAGCCGAGCUAG